AUGGCGUUACAUGGCAAGGUAUAUGGAGGACAAAAGUUGGAAGAAAGUGUGAUAAUUAUUGUAUGUCGUGUUUGGCAUUUUAACAUAAGAAUAUUAGAUGAACGUUGAUGUCAUCCGAAUAACCUUGCAAUAAGAUUGAAACUGCUCAUAAUCUUGAAAGGGUGAUAGUUACUUGCGGUAUAAGAAAUUUCACAGAUUUAUGUUUCACUACCAAAGAUAAAUGAUGUAAUAGUAAGGAAACGUGUGAAACAGUUUCAGUAAGCUGUGGAAUCAAAGGAAUAAGCCAUGGAAACAGAACAGACGUGUUCAGAGACCAUCAGUAAUGUUCAACAAAACAAAUCUUCAUCAAAACUCAGUCAGACAAAGACACCAGCGGCACAAAAUCAAGGUCAGCCAAGUGUUGGUGGUGUAACGAGGAAUACAAAGCUCCAGAAACCCAAAGAGGGCAGAGAAGCAUCUGUGCCAGAACAAGAGUCAGAACAACGACCUUCAGCGGCCUUAUCGACUAGAAGAAUUAAAGAUAAAACAGAGAAAAGUCAAAGUUUGAAUAAAGAAGGCAGUGACAAAGAGGAACCCAAGAAACAGAACAGAAAGAAGAAUAAGACAUCUGUAGAUAUAACGCACAAGCAUAGUCAUGCUUUGUUGGAAAGGGAAAUUGAAAAUACUGAUAAGAGAUCAGAAAACAUAGCAAGAGAAGCUAAGAAUAAGAAAGAGCCAUUGGACCAAAAAGUUGUAUCUCUUGGUUGUUGUGGUUCAGAUAAGGAAAAACAGGGAGUGUUACAUGGCAAGGUCGUUUCAAAGGCCGUCUCAGAAAUAAGCAGGUCAAAAAAGCGAAGAAUUAGAAAGAGGAGAUUGUUGGAGUCUCUAGGUAUUAACAUCACUAACUCGGUCAAGCCAGCAAAAGAAAAAAGUGCAACCAGGAAGAGGAAGAAGAAAAAGAAGUUAAAGUAUAUUGCAGACAGAGAUACUGUCAGAGAAGACUGUACAGCUGUGAAUACAGUAAAUUUGGAAGUGACAAGCAGAAGUGAGGGAGUUAGGUGUGAUGUAGUGGGCAAGAAAGGGUUUGUAAAAAAGGUUGGAGAUAUUGUCAUAGAAGAAUCAGACUGCACAGCUGUUAAGUUGGUGAGGAGAGAAAUAACAAACAGAAUUGAUGAAACUAGUUGUGAUACAGAAGAGAAGACUGCAGCUGUAAAAAAUUGUGAAGAUAUUGUCAUAGAAGAGUCCCUGCACAAAGACUGUACUGCUUUGAAAUCAGUGAAUGGAGAGGUAACAGGCAGAAGUGAGGAAAUUAGUUUUGAUAUAGUGAGGAAGAAGGGUGCUGAAAGAGAGCCCGAAGAUGAUGUCAUAGACGAAUCAAACGAUACUACUGCAAAGUCAGUGAAUUGGGAAGUCACGAAGAGAAGGGAGGAAACUAAUUGUGGUAUAGUAGGGAAGAAAGGAUCUGCAGAAAAGUCUGAAGGUAUAGUCAAAGAAAAAUCAGACUGUGCAGAAGUGAAGCUGGUGAGUAGGGAAGUAACAGACAGAAGUGAGCAGACUAGUUGCGAUUUAGUAGGGAAAAGGCAAACUGUAAAUAAUUCUGAAGAAGCUAUUAGUGUUGUGCCAAAACUAGGGGAUUCUCAUCCUACAGGGCCACCAGAACAAGUCCCAGAAGUAAAUAAAUCAAAAUUAGAGAAGAAUGUAAGUGCAGAUACCUUACCGGAGGUGAAGAAAGGAAAUAUAUCAUUGAACAGCAGUGCUGCUGUUAAGGCUUGCUCCAGCUGUGAAGAGUUACAGUGUAAUAGCGAAUUUCCAUCCUCCAGCUGUAAGGUUGCUUCAGAGGAUAUCUCAGGUCAGUUCUUCAGUAAGAAGGAAGAACCAUCUGCAUCGGGAAAGGUUGACCUUGUCAGUCUUCUCUACCAUGACAAUAUUGAGGCACUUUUCCGUAGUGCUGUGCUUAAUGAUGUGACAUUGUCAUCCCGCUGCUCAGAAAAGGAAGUGAAAAACUUCUUCAAUACGUAUGGUACAUUCUCCGAGAGAGGAAGAACUCAGUUUGCAGCUGUUGAGAAACUGUUGCACACCAGUGGUAAGGGGGCUGAAGACAUACCUACAUCAGAGUACUUUGAACCAGGACUGAAUAAAGACAUUCCUCCUGAUGUAACUUCUCAAAAUUCAGUUACCAUUCCAGACAAAGAACCCAAUCUAGAUUCAAGUACUUCAGCAUUUACAUUGGUCAGUUCUCCGAAGCAUGAUCAUUUUGCAUUGAAAGACAUAAAAGAUAAUGUAGAUGUUGAUGAACUAGGAACUGCAUCCUAUACACAAAACUUAGAAAAUUGUUCCUCUUAUAAUCAGGUAGUUAAGGGACUGAAGCAUACAGAUUCUAUAGGGAAUAGUCUGGUAUUCAGAGGUUUCUCUAGAGGACCAAUUUAUACAAGCCCUAAUCCUGAGAACCAUGUAACAAAUAGUACCAAGAGUAGUCAGACCAUAAACAGUGUGCACACAGCUUCUGUCUCAGAUACGUAUGAAUCUUAUAGUGUUCCCAGUGUGCAAAGACUUGAUUCAGACUUGGUAGUUAGUGAAAAUGAUCUGUCAGUAAAGCAGCAGUUCACUUCAGGGGAUAAGACACAGCUUUCUGAAGUUUGUAAUGUGUCAGAACAAAGUCUUGCCUGUAGCAUUAGUCCAAGAGUGAAGGACUCAUACAAAGAGGAAGCCCUUGAUAAAGCAAGAACCACAGAAGUAAACAGUGCAGAAUGUCAAGUUAAUUUUGUACAUAAAAGUGAUGUGGUGAUUGAAUGGAGGGCAACAGAAGAGGAGACUGUUACUGAAUCUCAUCCUUCUGCAUAUGUUGAAAGCCCAAAGGAGCAGAAACCCAUUCCCAUUAGACUGAACAACAACAUUUUUAACACUGAAUUGAAAGAGGACAGUGAGAAUUGUCCAGAUAAAAUCCAGAGGAAUGUUAAUGUAGAAAAGUACAGGGCGACUGGUUUUGUUUCAGAAUGUGCUGAAGAUAUUCAGGAGAUUGGGUUUGAGGCUAAUAAGGCCGUAGAAGGUGCACUUUCUUUAAGAUCUGUAGAAGAGGGCCAAGGACCUGAUUGUUGCUAUCACAUAAGUCCCACUGAUGUUAGUUACCCAGAUAGUCAAGGUAUUGCUUGGAAUGAAUCUUGUUCUCCUGACUUUCAUGCUGACUCUUAUAAAAAGGAAUGGACAUCUUUACCAAACUCUAGUGUAACAGAAGUUUCAGAUUCUGAAAUUGUUAAAUUCAUAUCCAUUCCCUCAUCAGAAGAUAAAGUCAUUAUGAAUCAUCCACAAAGGAAACCAUUGGAAAGUUCUAAAAUCGGUAGACCGGAAAGAAGUAGAGAGGAAGUGUUGGCUGCACGUGAGGCCAAGAAAGCAGAAAAAUUGGCUAGGAAUAAGAAUAAGUUGAUGCUUUCGUCAAAUGUUUCAUCACCUGAGAAUGUUGUUGUUUCCAAGUCACAAUCUGUACCUAGUCCUAAGAAAAUCAGACAGCAGCCAAAGUUGACCACUGAGGCUGGCGGACAUGAGGCUGAAUGUGUGGCAAAGGUUGAGUCAGUUUCUAAGAACACUGUACAGUGUCCAGGUGUGAAGCAGCUUCAUAGUCCUUUGAGAGACACUAGCUACCAUACAUCAGAAAUUGAGAACAAGAUCCCUACAAAGAAAACAGAACUGAAGAAAAACAAAACAGAUGAACUUCAGGAAGCAGAGAACAGAAUUCCCACUAGUAGCACAAAGGAGGAUGAAGUCAGUAAAACAACAAAAAUUUUGGAAGAGAAAGUGAAAGACACUGAUCAUGGACCACAAUCUUUGGGAGUAUUACCAACCCCCAAAAGCAAGGCAGAACUUCGAGCAGAAAGAAGAGCAAAACAGGAACAACAGCGUGCUCUUAAAGCAGCCCAGCAAUCUGAUAAGGUUUCUCAGGCAAGAUCAACAGCUGUGGUACCAGCUGCGAUAUCUAAAGAGAAGCAGCCUGGGAAGGAUGUGGAUGACGUUUGCAAGAAGGCUGUGAAGACUGUUCAGGUUACCAAGCCAAAGACAUCUGAACACAGAGUCAAGUUAUUCAGUCAUCUUUAUCAUGAUAGAGGACCAUUGGCUAUCACUGAAAAUUUGAUGAUGCAUUGUCCUGACUUACAUCCAGCAAUAGUGAAGCUUGGAAUGCAGUAUGCUGACCGUGUAGUGGUGGGGUCAAAUGCUCGAUGCAUUGCACUGCUUGAUGCCUUAAAGCAGGUUAUAAAGGACUAUGAAACACCUCCCCAAAAGGAAUUUUCAAGAGGAUUGGAGGCAGAGUUACAGCCUUCAGUUGCAUUCCUGGAUUGCUGCCGGCCGCUUUCAGUUUCAAUGACCAAUGCUUUGCGAUUUCUGAUGUGGCAGCUGACACAACUACCUAACAAUGUUUCUGACUCAGAGGCAAAGAAGAAACUUUUGGAAGCCAUUGAUACAUAUAUUCGAGAACAGAUUGAAGUUGCCGCCCAAGCAAUCUGCAUCAUGGUACAGCGGAAGAUUGCCAAUGGAGAUGUUAUUCUUACUUAUGGCUGCUCAUCACUUUUGCAACGCAUUCUCUUGGAGGCACAUUGUAGUGGUACCAAGUUCAGAGUAAUUGUAGUUGAUGGGCGUCCAUGGAGGGAGGGCCAGGAGAUGCUUCGUCGACUGGUGCAGUGUGGACUUAAUUGUUCCUAUGUACUUGUCUCAGCUGCAAGCUUCAUCAUGAGAGAGGUAACAAAGGUGUUCCUAGGUGCUCAUGCACUUCUGGCAAAUGGCUAUGUAAUGUCUCGAGCUGGUUCAUCACAGGUCGCAUUACUAGCUCACUCAUACAAUGUUCCUGUCCUAGUCUGCUGUGAAACACACAAGUUCUGUGAGAGAGUGCAGACUGAUUCAUUUGUCUACAAUGAACUUGGUAAUCCUGAUGACCUCAUUCCGACAGAUUCUUGUUCCAAGGAGUGGCCUUUGUCAAAGUGGAGGAGUAUAGGGAGCUUGACCCCACUAAACCUCACAUAUGACGUUACGCCACCUGACCUUGUGACAGCUGUAGUCACAGAGUUGGCAAUCCUUCCAUGCACCAGUGUGCCCGUCAUACUCCGAAUCAAACCCACAGAAACCGGUUGCUAGAAACUUACUUUGUUGCUUGUUCAAAUGGAUAGAAAUCUAGAAACCAUAUACAGACACUAUAUAUUCCAAGAUAAUUAUUAAACAUUGUUUGAAUAUUAUAUAUUUAAAAAAAUAAGUAAUAACUUUGUUGAUUUGAUUUGUCAAAGUUUUUCAGAUUGUAUUACAUAAUGUGUAUAGUCAGUACUGCUGAUGAUAUAGUGGUGAAAAAUGCGCCCUUUGUAAGUGUCGUAACUAAGAUUACAGUCUUCCCUAAAUCACUUGGAUUGUUUGUUUUAUAUUGUACAAGGCAGGUCACAUUAUCACUGCAGUUGUUGGCAAAGAUAAUAUUUAAACUUAAGAUACAAAACAAACUGAGGAUAUCCUGUGCAUAAAUGUUAUGAGCAAGUGAUGAGCUGUAGGAAGUAAUUUCAACAAUACCAUGAAUCAUGAGAGUGGUUGGUUUCAUAGGAAGUUGCUGUGUGCAUCUUCAGGGUAUAAGUAAGUGGAGCUGCGUUGUAGAUGGGAAUGGUGGAAGGAUUGGGCUGAAGAAAAUAAGAAGCCUAAUGAGAUCCCAUGGUGUUAGAGAGGAGAGGAAACACUGUCUGGGUGAAAAGGAAAGGCUGUCCUUAGGGCCAUUGCAGAGAAAAUGAUAAGUGGAUGUUUAUUGUUCUUCAAGAGAACCUCUUUUUUUCCAGUGGAAAUAAGUGAGAAGCUUCAAUAACCAUGCUCUGGGGAAACCAUAUUCCCUGGUACUGUUGGUGGGAUGGAGCUCACUCUCUGGUCCAUGCACCUGGAAUAUUUAGUCAGGAUACCGGUGUUCGGUAGAUGGUUGCAGUGAUGCAGGCAGAUACAAUGCCAACUGAUUUGUGUGUAUAUAAAGAUGGAUAUUUGCCCAGUGACUCAAAGUGAAUAUUAUACAUGUCCAGUGGUUUUAGGGCUAGAUCAUCAUCAGUGGACCAAAGUAUGUUAAUGACUUCCCUGGCAGAAAGUUCACAACCUUACUGUAUUACUGGGAUAGGGCCCUAUUUGUGUCAGUGAAUGUAAGUCCUACAACAGAAUUCUCACUGAACUGGGGUCUUCUCCUAUGUGAUUAAGACUGGAUAUCAGGGCAACUAUAGGAAUUCAAAUGCAUCCAAACAGCAUCAACAGGGUAGAUGAUUUCUUUCACCCUUAGCAGGUAAUAGAAACCUCAUUCACACACUGAAGAAGUGAAAUGAUGUUCUCGUAAAGACUGAGGAAUUUAUGUCUGCAUAUCUCAUGCUAACUAUUGCAAUGGUCCUGAAAAGAACCUUUACUGUUCCCCAUUUCCAAUUGGCCACUUUGGAACUCCAUCUCCUGGCCCUCAGUCUGGGCUCUGAUUGGCCAUUCUUAUUUUGCUCAACUUGAUCCCUCCACUGUUUCCAUAUAAACCAACUUACAUCCCAGCUCCAUUCACUUCUAACUGAAGGUGGAGGCAACAGGUUCCUGUACAAUGCCACACAGUGUCAUGACCCAGAAGAUGACAUUUUGAACCAUGAGAACUAAGAGAACUUCAAAUCUCAUUCCUGCAAAAUUAUUAUUAUAAAGUGUUGCUUUACAAACUGUAACAGUCUUAAUGGAGAGGACAGCUGUAACAGCAUCUUCAGUCUGUCUCCCAACUUCUGGAAAUGGAUAUUGUUUCUGUUUCAGCUUGACAAAUUCACUGUCAGUGGCAGCAAGCACUGAAGACUGAUUGCAACAUUGUACCUUAGUCAUCAAAAUAUUUGAUCUUUACAUGACAGCUUCCUAAAGCCUUCUGAUAUGUCAUAUUUUAAAACUCACCAUACAUGUUACAGCUGCAAGAUUUCUGUCUUCAGGGAUAUUCAUUUAAUUUAAGAGGGAUAUUAAAAGUUAAACUUUAUGUGAAUAUAAUUAAGUAAAAUAUCUCGUAAUUUUAGUGGUGUCUGAUGGUAAAAUAAUGAUUAUUUACAAUUAACAAGUUAAUUAUAUUAGUAUACUUCUGUCUGUUACACAUUACUGAUAAAUACUAAGAGUUCUCCCUCCCCAAACAGGUAUUAUCCAAUUGCCACAAAGCCUUCAUAGCUAGGGCUAUUAUUUUGGACGUUAUCCAGCAUCUUAAGUAGUCCCAUAUAGAUGUUAAAAUUCUUUGAGUCACUGUACACAGUCCUAGAAAGUGAUAGAAAAUUUUAUGUUGACAUUAAACAUCAAUAACAUGAAACGAGUGAAAAAAUGACAAAAGCUACAAGUAAAGAGGCUUGAGUAGGAUUAAUGUCAUACAGUUGGUCACUAGAGACAGAGCAGAAAAUGUGUUCUGUUAACAUAAAACAUUGCAAGAUUUUAACUAUACCGUAAGGAAUUUUAGUUUCCUUUCCUUGCAGCUUUCAUCAUCAUUUUGGGGGGUAGGGCAUCUGUCCUUUGUCCCAUGCUGACAGUAUUUGAUGUCAAACGGAACAUUUUGUACUGUUGCAUUUUAGAAUUGCUUAUAGUGACUCUGAAGGGUUUUAACCCAAAUACAGGGGAUUUCAGUUUCAUUCUCUUGGAGUUUUGUUUUUAUUUUAUUGACAUUUGUUUCUUAUCUCCUGCCGCUGAAUUCAAUAUCAGUGGAAUGUAUUCUUCAUUCAGAAUUUCUUUCAGUAUCCAGUGAUUGAGACAAGCUCUGUCUGAUGUCAGCGGAGGAGGAAUGGUUUCCUUUCUCAUCAUUAUCAAAGCAAAAGCAUUUUCCAAAAGGUGUAAUUGUCUUAUGCCGGCUAAGUAAUCAAGUUUUUCUUUUCAAGCAAAGGCUAUAUGAAUGUCUGUAAGCUUUAACAUAUGAUUGUUAUACUUCUGUGCUUCUUGAUGCUUACAGCUAAGCUAAAAUGUUGUGGAUCUGAAGUUAGAUGUUGCUUACUCAUCUCUGAGGGCAUGUAAUACUUUGUGUAGGCAACCUUACAUAAAAAAGGCCUGAAUAUUCAGUGAUAUCUCUACUGUUUUGAUUUUGGCUCCAGUGUUAAAACUGUUAACUUUCUAAUGAUGUAACAAUGUGUAUUCAUUAUCUGAUAAUUAUGGCCCCUCAGAGAUGUUUACAUACAAUCUAAUAGUUAUUCCUGUAAAAAUGUUUAUGUUUUCAUAUGUGAUUAUUCUGGUGGUUUUAUUUGCACACUGGUGAGAGGCUUUCUAACUAAGAAUGUAUCACAGGUAAUGCUAGAAUUUAUGUGUCCAUCUUGUAGUGGGACAAGUGACAUUCUUGAGGCUGUUACAGGCACUGCCUUUGUAGCUCUCUUAAUGCCAUAGUCUUGAGGACUAAUAUUAUUUAUUAUUGCCCAUAUAAAAUAGUGUGUGUCUCUUCCUGCACACCCCUGGUUAGUUGUUUUUAGAAGUAUAAAAGAAUACUUGAACAAUAGAUCACAAGAAGGCCAUGACACACUCUUCACUAGAUUGCCAAAAGAUUGUAGAAGUAAUAUGUUUGGUUACAAUAUUAUCUGCCCACUUCCUGUACAGUAGAACAAAAUGAAAGUCGAGGUCAGUGGAACUGUAGUCAAUGACCUGAACAAGAAAUCCAUAAUGUACAUAAAUAUAUAUUUGAGCUACAAAUUAACUACAGUGAUUGUAUUUAAAUUUUUAUAUCAGUGUUCAGUUGACGUUCCACAGCAUUUAGAAAUCACCACAUAGCAUUAAAUGAGGCUAUUUAUAGUCUUCAGAUAUCGCCUAAAAGAACAGAAUGAAAUUGCAAAAGUUGUUCAUUUUGUGCUCAAAAUUUUAGUAUUGCCCUCCUGUACAUGCCCAGUAACUUGGAAUGUAAAGCCAAGCAAGAGUAUAUGUUUGUGUUUUGGGGAAGCCAGCAAGUAACUGCUUGAGCUAUGGCACGACCCUAAUAUCCAUUUUAAUAUUGUCACUGAAAUUCUGUAUGAAUUUCAUUUUCUGUCAGCUAAACUACUUAAUAAUCCCAUUAUAUCUACAGUGUAACUGCCCUUACAGUACUAUAAUAUGAGAAUGUUUUAAUCACAGAACUAUGUAAAUAUUUCUGUUCCAUGUGUAACUCAUCUGUUACAUCCAUGUGUUUUCAUUAAAGGUUUUCUCUGUCUUCUCCCAACCAAAGUGUUAACAAGUCCAUUUCAAUGUUCAGAAGUUCUGAAACUGGGUUUUUCACAUGCUUUUAGGUUUUCCUAUGUCUCUGUCCUAAGGGAUUAUGUAAGUAAGUUAAUGCUGGUAACCUUGCAUCCUGCUAACACAUUCAAAUUGAAGUGAUACACAUAUGUACUACCAUAUUAUCAAUUUACAGUAAAUCUCAUGUUCUCCCAUUUGCUUUUGUGUCUUGUAAGGUCACUUCUGUCAGUGAUUUAAGGCAUCUCAUGUGCAGCUUCUGUUCUUCUUCUUUCCCAAACCCACAUAACCCAAGUGUUAUCAUUCAGAUUUGUGUUCUUUUUGUAGGUCAUGGGGCAUGUCAGAAUGACAAAAAGAUAUUUGAGAUUGUAUCUCAUUUUUCAGGUGGAGGAAAUGAUUUAAGCAUUCCACAUUUUAUACCUACAACUUUUCCACAGUGUAUAAUUUGUAUCACUGCAAGCAAUCCUUGUAACCAUUUUAUUUUCAGAAUCGUAAUUUGCAUACAUUCAAGCUGUAAUUUUGUACCCUUCUGUCUUUCAGUAGACAGUUUACAAGUUGCACUCAUGCACAUUUUUAUAUUUUGAGAUCACUGUUCUCAUUAUGGCAAGUAGUUCUCGUCGGGUGACACAGUAGUUUUUCUCUGCAUUGUUUAGCAUCUUGCUGUAGUAAGCUAUGACAUGCUCUUGUCCAUCCUGUAUUUGAGAGAGUACUCCCCCAAUUCCGACAUUACUGGUGUCUGUGUCCACGAUGAACCUCUUUCCUGGUUGGGAGUAGGCAAGAAUCGGGGUGGCACACAGGGCUCUCUUGAGCAUUUGGAAGGCGCCUUGCACCGCUGGGGUCCACUGAAAGGAUUGAUUCUGUUCGGUGAGUUUGGUUAGUGGUUUUGCAAUGUUUGCAAAACUGGAAAUAAAUCAUCUGUAAUACGUGCAUAACCCCAGGAAGCUCCUAACUUCAUGCUUAUUCUUUGGGGUUGGCUAUUCCUACAUGGCUUUCAGUCUCUCGGGGUCAGUGGUUAUCCCUCUAGGUGAUAUGAUAUGCCCAAGGUAUCGUACCUCCUCCUGAAAGUGUUGAUCCUUCUCUGGAUUGAGUUUUAGGCGGGCUUCCCAGAACCGCUGAAAUACUUUUCGCAGGUUCGUCAAGUAUUCUUGGAAAGUGCAGCCAAUUACGAUUAUGUCGUCUAAGUAAACGAGACAUGAAUCGUACGUGAGACCUCACAGGAGUUUUUUCAUUAGCCUUUCGGAUGUUGCAAGAGCGUUACAGAACCCAAAGGGCAUGACUGUAAACUGCCAUAAUCCAUGACCUGUCAAGAAUGCGGUUUUCUCCUUAUCAUCCGGGUGUACAUUGACUUGCCAAUAUCCACUUUUCAGAUCAAGAGUGGAGAACCAAUUGGUUCCAGCCAGCGUGUCUAGAGUGUCACCAAUCUGGGGCAGUGGAAAACAGUCUUUCUUUAUAACAUUGUUUAACUUUCUGUAUUCCAUGCAGAAAUGGAGUUCUCCAUUCUUCCUGACCAGAACGGCCAUUGGCUGUCUGAUUCCUUGAUAACCCCAUAGCGUUGUAUGUUGUUGAGCAUCUCAUUGACCUCCACUUGCUUCGCUAGGGGCAGACUCCUUGGGGGUUGGUGAAUGGAUCGGGCGUCUCCCGUAUCUAUAUGGUGAUACACUUUAUUAGUUCUCCCAUAGUCUUCAUUAUUUCCAGCAAAAAUAUCUUCUUACUCGGUCAAGAGUUCUCCCAACUCAUGAAAUUCCUCGUUGGUUAUGUGUGGUUUGGCUUCUGCAAUUAUGUCCUCCAGUCUUGAUCUUGGAUCUUGGGCCCGGGUCUGCGCCACCUCUGGCAUAGUCACUAGCGAGACUGGCUCACAGUAUGCCAAAGUGGAUCUUCUCGUGAGCUUUUAGUCCCGACAUGUAGCAUUAAAGACCCUCACUGGUACCUCCUGACGGUCUUGAAUUAAGGUUCUGGCUAUGUGUAUCUGCCUAGCCUAUUUUCAUGUUCCCGGCGCAGCUCAUUAUCAGCCUUCCUUUAGUUGGGGCAGUUACUCUCGAUUGUUUUCCAUCUCUUCAUUGGGUGGGGGGCAAUCGGUACUUCCGGUAUGCAUUAGUGUUAUUUUCGUGAGAUCUAGCUGCUCCCAGUAUGGCCUGCAGCUCUAGUGCUUGUCAGCAGGCCUCGUUUACUGUCUUCUCCCCUCCCAGCCACAGCUGAAUCUUGAUGUCGGCGUCUCGUAUUCUGUAUGCGAAGGCUUUCCCUGCUUCUCUUCCUAUGUGGUCUGCAGGUAGCGUUUGGUAGGCAUGAUGGCAGUUCAAUGGUCGUGGCAAAGUCUUGCAGGGAUUCUCCAGGUUUUUGUGUCCUUGUUCUUAAUUGGCAGUGGUAAGCAGCUGCAAAGUGUUGGUCCCCCAAAUGGUCCUCUAGUGCCUGAAGGGUAUCCUCAUAAGUCGUAUUCGUCGGAAUGCCGGGUAGCACUUCUGCCACCCAGCCCUUCAGAGCAGUAAUUAGGUACGUCGAUGUUUCCUGGCCUAACCAUUGGUUGUGUUCUGCUACUGUCUCGAAUUGUUGCCAGAACAUGCUCCACAUUGAAUUUCCGUCAAGUGUCGGUGGGUGAGCUGUGCCUGCACCAACUGUGUUUUCUCUCUUGGCCCUCGUCUGUCUCGUCUCGUCCAACCUGGUCUGGAACUCGUGUUUGAUUUCCUCAAUUUUGUCUCAGGUUUGAUUAAAGGUCUUCAUUAGGUCUUCUUGGAGAUUCCUUGUCCUUUCAUCGAGGGACAAUUCUGCUGCCUGUAGUUCCAAUUGUGUUUUUUCAAUUCUUUCCACUAGUUCGAUCUGGAGACUUUGUGUCUUGCAAUUAUUUCAUUGAAAGUUAAUAUUAAACACAACAGUAGAGAUACCUGAAUAAUUCUUUCUUCUUAGUGUCUGCAUAUCAGAACUUCUUGGCCAAAUAAUUCCUUAAUCUUCAUACACAAAUGUGUACCAGUAAUUUAUAGAGCUAAAUGCUGAACCUACAUUAUGAAAGCCUCAAAUCUUACAUUAUAUACAUUAUAGAAGUUUGGUUUGAACACCGUUUCUAGAAGCUUCUGUCUUAUCAGAAUUUAUCCUUGAUCAUUUGCUAAGACGUUUUAUGGGAUCUGUGCUCACUAAAAUGUUCAUCUAAUCGAUAACUUAGUGUGUGUACCUUGUGUACGUAACCUAAUGGAAGAAAAUUCCUGUACAAGUCUAAUUUCUCACAAGCAUAUGAAUAUCAGAAAUUUAUAGAAUACAUAUGGAUCGAACACAGAAUAUAGAGUCAAGGGAAAAUGUUACAUAAUAACCUUAAGGGGGAGGAGCAAAUCUAGAGACUUGUUUAUAAUUCAAACAAACAUCUACCAUCAUUUUUCCAUUGUCAGAGGAAUCCACUGCACUAACAGGAUCUCAAGCAAGAGGCAGAAAUAGCUGACAUUAUUUAAACAUCUUACUUAAAACCAGAAACUAAACAUGUGAUUAUUAAUGUAGUAUAUCCUGAAGUAGUAAAUAGAAGCCCUAUAUAUAAGUCUGUGCAGUCAUCGAAACAGAACUUUACACAGAUCUAUAAAUGUACAAAAAUGUUAAUCUUAUCACCAACAAGAUGACAUUUAGUAUCAUAUCAGGUCAAAACACCAUCCAUAUGUUGCAAUCAGUAUACAUUUUAUAGGAUUCCUUCACAUAACUGGGAGUAUCACACAAGGGUCAAAUCGUUGAGAAAUUGCAUGAUUAUAUCUUACAUUAUUUAAUUUAAUCCUUAUUAGAUGUUGAUAAUCACGUUCAACUCAAUCUGUCAGGAAAUAAGCAUUUUUCUCAGAUGUUGAUUUGCAAUGUAACCACUAAUUUGUUUAACUUCUUUAUUAAAACCAUCACAACACAACUCUUAUCGAGGUCAGUGCCUAGUUUUGGCAGAGCCAAAGAAUUUGAAGUUGUAUAUUAUAACACAACAGGAUGAGUGAAAUGAAAAUCACUAAUUUGUUGCUAUUGUAAUUUAUUCACUUAAAAUCAAAUAUGUAAUUCAGACAGUGUCUAGUUUUCAUUGCACAGUGUUGCACAAACAAAUUGGCUAGCUGCAGAGUGAGAAUCCCUGGCAGCUAUUUCUAUUGCUUCCCAUAUAUAAUACUGUUUUCCCUAUCUCUUGCAGUUAUACGUUGAAGGAACAACAUGUGACUGUCUGAAAUGAGAAAAAAAUAAAAAUAUGAUUACUGUAUAUAAGGAACUGUUUUUCAAUUUGCUGAUGAUACUGAACUGAAGUCAGAAUACGAAAUAUAAAUUAGAAAAGUUCAACUAGUAACAUGGUCUGUUUGCUCUUUCUGUAGUGGUAGUAAUGUGAUAGACUUUUGUGCCAUUUAAACUCUGACAUUUAAUUGAGCAUCAUAAUAAAAAUACAACAUGAAUUUGUAUUAUUUAUCAGUUUAAUAAGUUUUUUGUGCUGUUGUCAUGAAAAAAAAAAUAGAAACAAAUUAUCUUGUUCUGAUACCAGAUGACCUCUAUUUGCCUGCAGUUCAAGCCAUGUUACUGUUUUAGUCUUGGCAUGUAACUGAACAUUUACAGCAUGCUAAUUAGUUUUUAUAGUUUUGUGUAAUGAGGGCUCAGCAUGAAUAGUAUGUCAAAAACAUUGCUCUAUGUUCAAGUUGUGGUAGGUGGAACCUGCUGACUCCAUCUCCAGGGUCCAAGGGCAAAGGGUAAACAUUGUAGCCGUAGCGAUAAGAAUCUGACUAGUCAGAAGCGAAGUAGAGGAGACCCCUGUCUGGGCCAGUAGAAUCAUCGGGUCUCAAGGAGGCUGCAGGUUCCUCUGAAAAUAUUAUAUCUGCAUACGACGACAGCCCAGAACACUGCAAUAUGAGCAGUCACGGCAAUGAAAAAGAGGAAACAUCUAUAUAUUUUUAUGUUUAAGAAUUUCAACUUGAUAUUGAAAAAACAAGCUUUGAAAUGUAAAUUACAUGAGUUUGUUAUGGAAAAUUAGACUAAAGUAGAAAUUAUAAUUAUAAACUUAUAAUUAUUUAAUUCCUGUACAGAGGAACUGAUUGCCUACAUUGUCUAUAAAUAUGCUGUGUAUUUAUUUGUAUGAAAAGAAUUGCUUAGUUGUAACAUCCUAAAUGGUGAAUGAAGUUAUAGACUAACAGUA